CCAGUCCGUCAGUCCGUCAGUCAGUCAGUCACGGGGCGCGCGGCGCGGGGGCUGCGGGCGCUCACGGCGUCUCCGGGGAAGGCGCGCCGCACCCGCGGAGUAGGCGGCGGCGGCGGCCGGAGGGGCGCGAGCGGCGGCGGCCCAGGCCCGGGAGCCGGAGCGGCGGGAGGACCGAGCAGCUGCCGCGAUGGAGCAGCUGUCAGAUGAAGAAGUUGACCAUGGUGCUGAGGAAGACAGUGACAAGGAAGAUCAGGACCUGGACAAAAUGUUUGGAGCCUGGCUAGGGGAGCUAGACAAACUCACUCAGAGUUUGGAUUCUGACAAGCCCAUGGAACCAGUGAAAAGAGCUCCUCUUCGCCAAGAAACAAACAUGGCCAAUUUUUCUUAUCGCUUCUCUAUAUACAACUUGAAUGAAGCUUUGAAUCAGGGAGAAGCGGUGGACCUGGAUGCCCUGAUGGCCGAUCUUUGCUCUAUUGAACAGGAGCUCAACAGUAUUGGUGCAGGAAAUAGUAAGCGUCAAGUCACAGAAACAAAAGCCGCACAGAAAGUACCUUCCAGCCGACACGCAUCAAAACACGGCACCUUGAAAGGAUUGUCUUCUUCUUCUAAUAAGAUAACUAAGCCUUCACAUGCCAACUAUUCCCUGGAUGAUAUCACAGCACAACUAGAACAGGCCUCCCUGAGCAUGGACGAGGCUGCUCAGCAGUCUCUGCUGGAAGCUACCAAGCCUGCAGUAGCUAAUCAGCACAGAAGAACAGCAUCUGCAGGCACAGUGAGUGAUGCCGAAGUUCGCUCUAUAAGUAACUCUUCUCGUUCCAGCGUCACUUCUGCAGCCUCCAGCAUGGACUCUUUGGAAAUUGAUAAAGUCAUGCGCCCACAGGAACUGGAUUUGACACAUCAGGGGCAGACGAUUACUGAGCAUGCUAUUUCUCUGAGAUGUCCCAGCAAGCAGGCCAAGCGUCAUAUUGACUUUCCAGAAGAACAGGCUGAGCUGACACCUCACUCCUAUCUGGACAGGGAAACCUCCCUUCUUCUGAGAAACAGUGCAGGAAAACCUUCUCAUUUGCUGACCCAGGAAGAACAGGCAGCAAAACUGAAGGCUGAGAAGAUCAGAGUUGCCCUAGAGAAAAUCAAAGAGGCACAAGUGAAAAAGCUUGUGAUCAGAGUCCACAUGUCUGAUGAUAGUUCUAAAACAAUGAUGGUAGAUGAGAGGCAGACAGUGAGACAAGUGCUGGAUGACCUGAUGGACAAGUCCCACUGUGGUUACAGUUUAGACUGGUCGUUGGUGGAAACCAUCUCUGAAUUACAAAUGGAGAGAAUCUUCGAAGAUCAUGAAAAUUUGGUUGAAAAUCUUCUAAACUGGACAAGAGAUAGCCAAAACAAACUUUUGUUUAUGGAACGUAUAGAAAAAUAUGCACUUUUCAAAAAUCCACAGAAUUAUCUUCUGGGGAAAAAAGAAACAGUUGAGAUGGCAGAUAGAAACAAAGAAGUGCUGCUAGAGGAAUGUUUCUGUGGGAGUUCUGUGACUGUGCCAGAAAUUGAAGGAGUCCUUUGGUUGAAAGAUGAUGGCAAAAAGUCCUGGAAAAAGCGUUAUUUUCUGCUGAGAGCAUCUGGUAUUUAUUAUGUCCCUAAAGGAAAAGCAAAGGUCUCUAGAGAUCUGGUCUGUUUCCUGCAACUGGAUCAUGUCAAUGUUUAUUACGGGCAGGACUACAGGAACAAGUACAAAGCACCUACAGACUACUGUCUUGUACUAAAGCACCCCCAGAUCCAGAAGAAAUCUCAGUACAUCAAAUACCUUUGCUGCGAUGAUGUGAGGACGCUACACCAGUGGGUCAACGGUGUCCGCAUCGCCAAGUACGGGAAGCAGCUUUACAUCAACUAUCAAGAAGCCUUGAAGAGAACAGAGUCAGCUUAUGAUUGGACUUCCCUGUCCAGCUCCAGCAUUAAAUCAGGAUCCAGUUCCUCCAGCAUCCCAGAGUCUCAGUCAAAUCACUCCAACCAGUCUGACAGUGGAGUUUCUGACACACAGCCAGCAGGACACGUCCGUUCCCAGAGCAGCGUCAGCUUCAUCUUCUCUGAAGCCUGGAAAAGAGGCACUCAGCUGGAGGAGUCCGGCAAGGCCAGAAUGGAGUGCAUGGGCCGAGCCUACACCUCCCUCAUGCCUCCGGUGUCCCCGCAGCCCAGGACGGCCGCCCCCACCACGGCCUCGCAGCCCUCUCCCCCGCUGCCGCCGCCACCGCCCCCGCCGCCCCCUCCGCCCCCUCCGCCGCCGCCUCCUCCCCCCCCGCCUCCGCCCAGCCAGGCCGCCCCGUCGGCGGGCUCUGCGGCCACCAUGUUCGUCAAGUACAGCACCAUCACGAGGCUACAGAACGCCGCCCAGCACUCGGGAGGCCUGUUCAAGCCGCCCCCAGUCCCGCAGCCCACCGUGCCCGCGCCCCCGGGGAAGCCCGCGCCCCCCGGCGCCGUGCCCCCGCCGCCGCCGCCGCCCCCACCGCCCACCCCGGGCUCCGCCAUGGCGCAGCUGAGACCCGCGCAGCCCAAGCCAGUGCCCUGCGCUCCGCCGCUCCCCCAGCUCAGCCCACCUCCUCCCAAGGCCCACGUGCCGCAGGUCGCCCCCGCGCCUCCCCCGGCGCCCCCCAAGCCCCUCGUGGCCUCGCCGCCCCCCGCCCCUCCGGCCAAGAAGCCGCCCGGGGGACCCGCACCCCCCUCGCCGCCCGCACCUUCCGCGCCGCCCAAGCAUCAGAACUUCGGGGGGAAGCCGCCCGCCUCCCCGCUGUCGCCUGCGCCCUCGGCCGCCAAGCCCGGCACCGGACCCCCUCCGCCCCCCGAGGCGCCGGACCCCAAGCCCGGCUCGGCCCCCCAGUCCCCGCCAGCCGUCAAGGCGAAGCCGCGGUGGCAGCCCGGCACCUUUCCUGGCCCUUCGCCCGACUUCCCGCCGCCGCCUCCCGAGAGCAGCCUGGGCUUCCCGCCGCCGCCGCCCCCACCGCCCGCAACUGCCGCUCCCGCUCCCGCUCCGGACAGAGGCAGCUCGCCGAGCAGGAAGGCGGGCAAGACAGCCAGCCCCGGGGGGAAGAAGCCGCCGCCCACCCCGCAGCGGAACUCCAGCAUCAGGGGCAGCAGCGGUGCGGAGCACCCCGAGCCCCGGGGCCCGUCGGUGGACAGCCUGCUGAGCAGGUUCACGGCGCCCGCGCAGCCCCCCGGCCCCGAGCUGCCGCCACCCAAGCCCGGAAAGCUCAACCUGUCAGGCGUGAACCUGCCGGGACUCGCGGGGCCUGGGCCAGGCGGCCGUGCGCGGGACCCGCUGCGGGAAUUCCCGUCCCCUCCGUCAGACUCUGACUUCCCGCCGCCCCCGCCAGACGCGGAGCUGCCCCCGCCGCCCGCCGAGCUCGCCGCUUUCCCUGGGGGCGCCGCGCCCCCGGUGGCCGUGGUCAGCCCGCAGCCGUGGUGCCGCCCGCAGAAGAAGGCCCCGCCGCCCACGCGGCCCCGGCGCAAUGACAGCACCCGCCUCACUCCGGCCGAGGCCCCCGAGCCGCCCGCAGCGCCCCCGGCGCCCACCUCCCCCAAGCCCGGCCUCGGCGUGCAGCCCGGCUUCCUGGCCGACCUCAACCGGACCCUGCAGCGCAAGUCCAUCACGCGCCACGGCUCGCUGUCGUCCUCCCGCGCGUCCAAGGUGGAGCCCACGGCCACCAUGGACGACAUGGCGCUGCCGCCGCCGCCCCCCGAGUUGCUCUCCGACCAGCAGAAAGCCGGCUACGCGGGCGCCCAGCUCUCGGGCUACGCCACCCUGAGGAGGGGCCCUCCCCCCGCGCCCCCCAAGAGAGACCAGAGCACCAAGCUCUCCAGAGACUGGUAGCUCCCCCGGCUUGGUCGCCUCUACAACCCUCCGCACACCUGGUCAUUGGCGCUCGGGUGUCGAGAGCCCGCUGGCAUGUGGUUCAGGUAGUGUCCGGUCGUGUGUGUGUGUGUGUGUUUGUGUGUGUGCAUGUACACACAAGCUACCUAUGCUCAGUGUGCGUGCGUGUGUCCGUCUGUGAGCGGGUCUAUUUAUUCCUUUUCUCUCCUGGCCUGAAUAUGGAUUUCGUGUUCUGGUUGGAAGAGGCGUGGCAGGGGGGUGUCCUGUCCCUUCUGAUCUCUGUUAUCUACUAUGAGAAUGGGAGCAGAGACUCCUAGUGACUUACUUAAGAGCUGUUUUGCAAGUGACUAUGUGCAGCCUGCCUGUGCAUGUUGCGUGCUGUAUAUGAAGGAGUAGAUGUAUGUUUUCUUCCUUGGUUUAAGACAGCCAGAAUGUUUGACGUAUCGACGGGCCUUUUGCAUUCUUCCCCCACUCCGCACCCUGAACCCCUCCCAAGCUGGCUAAAGCUCAGAUCGCUCUACUGACACUUCAUUACUACACACAAAGGGGCGCUUUAGAUCAGGAAGACCACCACUUCACGCGACAGUAAAAUGUGGGAAGAUUUUCAGACACUGUGUGAUUGUGCAUUCAAAGUAGUAGCAGUAUUGUCAAAACGAUCCUACCUGAAUUCAGCCGGACUGUCAGUCCCAGGUAAAGUCUACCUAUAGUAAGAUACAUGGGUGUUUUAGUGCUAGAACUUGGGUUAGUUUUUUAUACAAAUGUUGGAAUCCUUUUCAUGAGCUUUGUGGAGUUUCAUCAAGCUGGGCUUCGUGGUCCUGGCUUUCAUUCAUUCUGAGAAAAUGGAGGGACACAGUAUCCCUGGAAUGGUCUCAAUGUCUCUGGGUCACUGGUUAUCUCCUUAAAGUAUGUGCUUUAGAUAGGUGUUAUAGAGAUCUGUAGAUGAUUUCUGUAUCAAAUAUACAUAUCCUAUGCCCUCACAGUACAUGAUCAUGAGAAAAAAAGUCACCUUCUGAAAUGUGUCGUUUAUGUGUAUCAUUCUAGAAGGAUGGGUAAUUGAAAAACAAAACUAGCCUCUGUACAGGGGGAGCGAAUCAAGUCGCAUCUGGGUUACUUGUUAGGUUGUAUCAACAAUAUAUAGUUGAGGGGAGUCAUUCAAUUUGGGGUUGUGGAGGGAGGGGAAGACAAACAAGGUUUCUCAUGAUUCCGUCCAGUUUCUAGAGCACGCAGGCUCCUUGCUUGUCCCAGCCUGGCUGAAGAGGUCUGUCCAGGUUACCAGGCGCUCUGCUGGACUAGUGCAGGCCUCAAACAGGCCGUGCAGCCUGCCACACGGACAUGGAGUCUUUGCUCUAAUGACACCAUUCUGUAGCCUCUCACAGUGCUUACACCUUCUCCCCCUGUGAAACCUCCUUGGUGUACUGUCCUAUCAGUGUGAUGAUAAACUGGCUAUUAUGAUGAAGAAAAUGCCAUCUCAGAGCUGCUCUUAAAUAGAAAAAUAAAAAUCUGGCAUCUCAGCAAUGGCAGGUGAGUGCAGCUUAUAGCAAAAGUCUGAGCCUGUUGUAAGGAUUACCAGUGCAGAUGGGAAAGGAUGCCAGUACUGGGGGGGGGGGGGGGGGCAGGAUAGGGGCUCUAGAGUAAGUUGGGCACCGCCCACUCUCCAGUCCGGCUGUGCAUCACAGAAGUGGCACCCCUCCUCCACGUGGCCAGGAUGCACAACCUCCCAUGUGGCUGCGGUGCAGUGGCUCCUGUUUCUAAACCCUCCUUCUUUAAAGAUACUUUUCAGAUAUUUCAGCUAUUAACUUCUAUGUGCUUGCAAUCUUUGUUUAUGAAGUGACCUUUAAACACAUACACUGUUCACUUAAGCACACGCGGCAACUUGGCUAAUAUUUGGGUAUAAAUUGCCAGGCUCUGUUGUAGUUCAGGAGUGGAGUCAUUUCCCAUGGCCUCCUGCCUGCAGUUUCAUGCCCUAAGGAUACCCUUGUGCACUGGUUGACUUUGUGGAGUUCCUAACGGUAUGAGCCAAGGACAUAUUCAUCACAAGGAGUCCCCCCCCCCCCUUUUGGAAGGUAGACAUCUUCAGUUUUCCUUAAGGAUAAAGCAGUGUAUGCUCAGCCUUCACGUGACUUGAGCUCUCAAAUGGACUUCUGUUCUAAGCCUUCUUGCUCGUGUAAAUACUGACAACGCAAGUAUGGAAGAACCCUAAUCUAGUGGCUUGCUUAUUACAACAGACCGUUUCCCUUAGUCUCUUCUUUGGAGAGAGAUUAUCAUUUCCUUCCUAUGUGUAAAACUGAAUCACAUAUACACAAAGACUUGUAGUGUUUACUUGCUAGGGUUUUUUUGUGGGGUGUUCAACUUGUGCAGUUUCUGAGUUGAACAACUUCCCUCUGGUGUAUUCCAGGAACACACCUACUGCCAGAUGACACUAGUACUGUGACUUCUCUGUCUUACACUUACUUAUCAGCCCAUACCCAGCAUGGCUUCUUUAACUCAGAAAGUCUGUCGCUCAUCCUGCUGUCGAAGGCCGUGAAAACAGGUGCCUGUUAGAACUAGUGACACCCAUUACUUUUACCACUGCUAAUUUUUAAAUGGGAUCACCCUAUAUUUAAAAUCCUGGCACCUGUGAGGGAAGGCAACAGCAACUGUUAAUUUAAAAAAUGAUACCAGCUUGGCUUUUAUUAUUUAAAUACAUUUUUCCCAUAGCUGCUAUAAUCCUCAUCUGGGAAAAAUAAUGAUUAAGUUCUUUACAGAAAACCCACUUAAUUAACAAUUUGAAUUUUUUAAACUUGAAACUUUUUUAAAUGAGUAAGAUGAACUCAAGAAAAAUUAUCAAAAAUGGUUGUGAUAAAUAACUGCAGAGUGAUACAGGCAUCAUAACGUUUUCCAUAAAAGCCUCUGAACUCAAGGUGCUUGUGCCCAGAUGGCAUAUUCUGCAAAAGACUGUGGACUGUCUUGGAAGUUCCCUCUGUACAUAAGUUUCCAUGUCGCUGAGAUAUUGCUGAGUUUAUCUAGGUAAGUUGGAGGAUUGGGAGAAAUUCUGAGUGUGACAGGUCAGAAAUCAAAGUCACGGGGAGUAUCCACAAUCAGUUAUAAAAGCUGCUAGUCUACACAAACACUUGUGUCAACAAUGUAGUAAGUUAGAUCAUUUUCAGGUAGUAGUGGGUUAAUUUGACUCUUAGGCCACCAACAGAAAGACCCUUUGUCACCUUUUGUUUAAAGAAGUUUUUUCCUAGUUUUAUAUUUUACUGCCAUAAUUUUUCUUACACCUUCAGAGCUAACAGAUUAUAAGUGAUAAAUUCCCACAGACUUGAUAUUCAAGACAAGUUAAAUCUGCAUGGUGUGCUUUAAAUAACAUAGGUAUAAUAAUUUGGAUUAACCUCAGUGAGAAAAUGCCUAUUUCUUAAGGCCACAGUAUUUUUAGCACUUUAUGAAUUUUUUCUACACUUUCCAUCAUUUGUAUAAAGCAGAUUAUCCCAAUUACAAAAUUGACAUUUGGUGCACAGAAAGCUGUAAGUAAAACAGAUUUUAAUAUCUCACUGUCUCAAGACUUUUUUUCCCAUUAAAGAUUCAAUACAAUAUUUCUACACCAUUACUGGUCUAAGUUCUGAAUAAAUAAGUAAAACAAUAUACUUUUUAGAUAAACACUUGAAGGGAAAAAUCCCCAGCUAGCUGGUCUGCUAGUUUAAAUAAACUAUUUAAGAAAGAAGAAAAUACCUGCUAGAACCCCCAGUGCCUUGAACUCUUUGAGAAGGAACGGACAACAUAGCGUUCAACAAGCAAACUCUGAGGUGCUACUGAGACAGGAGGAAGGAAGGUGGGUGUUUCUGGCUUGGGCAGAAAUAGUGACUGUCUCUUAAGAGCUGGCUUCAUCUAUUCUAAAAGGGGUUGGGCUGCUUUGUACCAAAGACACUUAGAGAAGUGAGUUGAGUCAGGGUGGUGGUGGCUUAGUGCAAAAGUGAGUGUGUUGCCCAAGGGUGGCUGUUGAUACCAAGCUCAAAAAUGCUGAAGCCUCAGCUUCUUAGGCACAACUAAAAAAAAAAAAAACUUUGCAUUUGGGGAACUGUCCAUUGUCUGUUAAUUGUAACCUAAUACCAAAAACUGCCACUUCUCUUCAUUUCCCAACUCCUGUAUUUUUCCUUGUAAAUAAUUCCUCUUAGAAAAUAAGCAUUAACUGGAAUGUCUCAAUGAUUUUGCUUAAUUUUAUUAUCAGCCACUCUUGAACUCUUUUAUAGGUAUGUACAUUUAAAUAAAGCAUCAUUACUUUGUGCUAA